AUGAUGGUGUGGCGUAUCGGAUUGAUUGUAGCGUUGUGUCUGGUCCUUGCAGAAUGUGAGGAGGACGAAGUUUUGACGUGCGAGGGUGGAGAGUGUGUGAAGCUGAACGCAUAAAACGUCGAAAAUGGAUCGCAAAAACCAUUAGGCGAAACAUCCAGUGCCUUUCAACGAUGUGGUUGGCGCAAUGCAGGUGGCGUUGACUUUCGAAUCACCGGUAAUAGCGAUGGAGUGUCGGAUUACGGCGAGUUUCCUUGGAUGGCAGCUAUUUUCAAAGAACAACAGGCGCUUGAUCGAACAAUCAUCGUGUAUGUUUGCGGAGGCUCACUGAUCCAUCCAUCAGUCGUCCUGACCACGGCACACUACGUUCGGAAAGAAAUAGCAAGGGAUAUGAAAGUACGUCUGGGUGAGUGGGAUACACAGACUACCAAUGAAAAUUAUCCAUCCCAGGAUCGUAUAGUCGUAGAGGUCGUGUCCCACGCUGACUUCAGCAGUGGAUCGCUUGCCAAUGAUGUGGCACUGCUAUUUCUGGAUAAUCCUGUCGAACUAAUGAAGACAGUCAACACGAUCUGUCUGCCGCCGGCAAACCAUAACUUUGACCUGUCGCGCUGCUUUGCCUCCGGCUGGGGUAAGGACGUGUUUGGGAAAAAUGGUCUGUACAGUGUUAUUCUCAAAAAGAUCGAACUACCGAUCGUGCCACGCGGUCAGUGUCAGAGAGCGUUGCGCACGACACGUCUUGGACGACGGUUUAAGCUGCACAAGAGCCUUAUCUGCGCCGGUGGCGAGAAGGGACGAGACACGUGCAAGGGUGACGGUGGCUCACCACUGGUUUGUCCGAUCCCGGGUACUUUAAACCGUUACUAUCAGGCCGGCAUGGUUGCGUGGGGCAUUGGAUGUGGCGAGGAUGGAAUUCCCGGUGUGUAUGUGAACGUGUCAAUGUUUCGCGGAUGGAUCGACGAUCAUCUGCGGCAGAGAAAUAUUUCCAGCAACUACUAUCAGUACGCAUAG